UAUGGGGCGGCGCUGAGCGGCGGCGCGGCGGGAGGGCGCCGGGGGCAGCAUGAAGUCCCUGCUCUUCAGCCGCUUCCUCCUGCUGCUGCCCUGGGUGCUCAUCGUCAUCAUCGUGCUGGACAUCGACAGCAGCCGGGCGCCGCUGCCCGCGCCGUCCCCCCGCGGCGGGGCCGAGGGCGGUAGCGGCGGGGCGCGGCCGCCCGCCCCGCGGCGGCGGCCCGAGGCAGCGCUGCCCACCAUCUAUGCCAUCACGCCCACCUACAGCCGCCCGGUGCAGAAGGCCGAGCUCACCCGCCUGGCCAACACCUUCCGGCAGGUGUCGCGGCUCCACUGGAUCCUGGUGGAGGACGCGGCGGCGCGCAGCGAGCUGGUGACCCGCUUCGUGGCGGGCGCCGGGCUGCCCUGCACGCACCUGCACGUCCCCACGCCGCGCCGCUACAAGCGCCCGGGGCUGCCCCGCGCCACCGAGCAGCGCAACGCCGGCCUGGCCUGGCUGCGGCAGCGGCACCAGCACCUGCCGCCCCCGCAGCCCGGGGUGCUCUUCUUCGCCGACGACGACAACACCUACAGCCUGGAGCUGUUCCAGGAGAUGCGGACGACGCGCAAGGUGUCGGUGUGGCCCGUGGGCCUGGUGGGAGGCCGGCGGUACGAGCGCCCGGUCGUGGAGAACGGCAAAGUCGUCGGCUGGUACACGGGCUGGAGAGCUGACAGGCCCUUUGCUAUUGACAUGGCAGGAUUUGCUGUGAGUCUUCAAGUGAUCCUGUCACAUCCCAAAGCCGUAUUCAAGCGUCGUGGUUCUCAACCAGGAAUGCAAGAAUCGGAUUUUCUGAAACAGAUAACAACAGUGGAGGAACUGGAGCCUAAAGCAAACAACUGCACAAAGGUUCUUGUAUGGCACACCCGAACAGAGAAAGUGAAUCUAGCUAACGAGCCAAAGUACCACCUGGACACAGUCAAUAUUGAGGUAUGACGUGGGGGGACAGUCCCACGGCAAGAGCAGGACAACGGACGCACCAGCGCGUGAUCCAGUUCAGACAGCUAAAAUCAUCCGCUUCUGCCUGAGACCUGACGGACUGCUGUGGAAACAAAAUGAAGCUUUCAGAGACUCUAAUAAGCAAAUCAAGUGGGUGUGCUUUGUUCUAACUUGUCUGCAUGCAUUUCUGAACUCUCAGCUUAAUAAACUGACACUUACCUUUGUUUUAACGCUGUUUCCACAUACAGAAACAUGGCUGCAAUGGAGUAUUUUCAAAAUCAUUAUUUAUGUAUAUACUUUUUGUAUUUAUCCAGCUUAAUGGUGUAAUUAUAAACUGAUUUUAACUCACAAA